ACAGGCACUUCCUCUGAAAAGUACAAAGCUCGAAGAAGACGAAUCUUUCUUCUUGAAUAAAUUUUCGUGAUACAAAUAUGGAAUUCUUCUGCUUGGUCGCAGAAAGUCACACAUAAACUUAAUCUGCGUGGCUCAUCAUCUUGGGUGUAUCAAAAGUAGAAUAUUAUGUUCACCAGUUGUGGUAAUUUCCGUGGAUUAAAUUGCCCAUUUUAUGCACAGGGCAAUGGCAUGUGUCGAAGGCCUUAUUGCCAUUUUCGACACGUCCGUAGUUCGGCUACUGCUCGCACAGACACAGAGAAGUUGCAGCCAACUAAGCCCUCGGGCAGCAUUGACGAUGUCUAUCCCCAAACAGCCAAUGUCAGCGCCUACGUCGUCGUCGCACCACCCACCCCUGCUGCAUCCUCUGCCCCUCCUCAAGACGCUCCCAAAGCGACCCCCUCACCCGUACAGUAUGUGCCCACCCCAAUCGCACAGAUUGCGCUGGCCAGGAGGAGACACAAGAUGGCAAGUAGUCAGAGUUCGCAGAAUGCUGGCAGGAAGACUCCAACACCCAUGUACAUCCCCACCCCGCUGUCCCAGAUUGCGGCUCAGCCAGAGAGCAACUCGUCAUCUUCGCAGAAAUACCAGCUCACCAAGUCUCCGGAGAAGAGUUGGGAUGAAACUGAAUAUGAUCCUACAAGCACAUCGCUGAUGGGCUACAGCAAGUCAGACAAGUAUUCCCUUGAUCACAAGUUGCAUGCACCUGCUGGUGAAAAUGAGUAUGACCCCUUGGAAAACGGAAGUUUGUUCACUGUAAGCAAGCAGAAGGCUCCGAGUCCAGAAACCUCACCACAGCGCGGCCAGCCGGUCGGUGGGUCUAAAGGAAUCUCAGAUGAGUGCAACCAUAAACCAACCCAGUCUAGCUCACUGGGAGAACAGACUGUAGAAUCCGGAGGUGCAUCGGCCAAGGCGGAGAAAGACGAGGACGGUCUGUAUGACUUUGAUGAUUUGGAAGAAAAUGUGGGUGAUGAUUGUACCGAUGAGGUUGACGAAUACAGCCCUCUCCCCGAUCAUGACGAUGACACUCUCUCACCUCAUGUCAGUGCAAAGUACACCCCGACAAAAAAAUAUUCCAUCUCCACCCUUCAUUCUGAGCCAGGAAAUGACUCAGAGUAUGACCCUUGCUCAAAUUUUUCAUCAGGGGAAUCUCUUCGAAAACAACAUGAACAGGAGAAAAGAAAGGAACUUUCACGUGAAGAAGAGUCAUCAGACAGCGACGCUCUUGUCAUAGAUGAUAAGGCAGAUAACAAAAGAAAGGCAUCUUCUUCAGAGGAUGAACCGGCACAGAAAAAACAAAAGUGCUCAAGUGAUGAAGAUAACACUGUGCUGGAGAGUGGGAGAUGCUUAACUGACGAGGGAGUUUGCAGGGAUUGGUUGAGUGACGGAGCUCAAGAAAAUUUCCUGGCUGCUACCAGUGUGAAUUUUGACCCACCGUCCGACCCUGUGGGUAGUUUUAACCCGAGUUACAGCUACAACCCCAGUGAAACCCACUCAGGAAAGGAAAAGUGCGACUCAGGUUCGGAAGAGUUGAAUCCCAUGGCGUAUUUGACAGAGAUUUCCAAAGCCACUGACGAUAAAUGUACAAAGGAGAGACCUAAACCCAAAAUGUCCCAGGCAGUGAAAGAGAUGGUUUCUCAAGACAGAAAAGCCAGAUUUCAAGAAAUAAAAGGAGGAUCCUCCAAGUCAAAGGCCCUUGGAGAAGCAAAACAGAAGAGUGUUACUAAGAAGAGUGUUGAAACUCCUAAACAUAAGGACUCAACUGAUGAAAAACAAACCUGCACUUCUAAGACGGAACAGAAACAGGGAAAGGUCCUCAAACAGAAAUCGACAAAUGGAGCAAAAGGAGAACCACAGGUUGGUGAAUACAACAGUAAUGACGGAGAAGUGUCUCCGAAAUCGAGGCCAGCAGUGUCGUCAGAUCAACUGUCUUCGUUCUUCAAAAGGAUGAAUGAGCAAAAAAGCAAAAAAGCGAAAGUAAAGUCUAGCCAUGAGACAUACCAACCCCAAAACAAAGAAAUCUCCAAGAAAACUGAUCACGAUGCUGAAACGAAGAAGUCUAAAGUGUUAGCUGGCCACAAAAAUACUUUCCCAAAAUUGCCGAGAAAAGCUGGAACUGUCGGGAAUAAAGUCGCCGGCUCAACGGGCAAAGAAGAUGCCAGUAGCAUUGCAGGGUCUCAAGAUCUUCCCAAAAGUGAUGAUGUGAUUGUCAUUGAUAGUUCGAGCUCUUCAGACGACUGUCUCCCACAGCUAGGCUCACAAAGUACGAUGGCAAAUGGUGCAUCGGAAGAGAGUGGAACCUGCUCAUUCACUGGCAAGCAGAUUUUCGCUGCCAAAGUUUCCAAUAGAAAGGCAUCCACAAAACUUCUCUUUGGAGAUGACAGUGACAGUGACAGCUCAGAUGUGCAGAUUGUCCAACGAAGUGAAGAUGAAAUUAUGUUGAUCAGUGAUGGAUAUUCAAGCACUGAUGGUAAGCAAAUAACUCAACAGACCAAACAUCAUAGCACAGAUAAGCAGGGUAAGCCAACCUCCGCAGUAAAGCAACAGAAAAAUAGCCAUACUGUUAAAAAACCAUCAACCAACGCACACAGCAGUAAACCAGUGGCUGAUAGAACUCCCUCCCAGAGCCACCAAGGUGCAAAAUCAGUUCGACUGGAUCAUUCCAAACAAGAUUCCAGUUACCAGGCUGUUAAAGGCAGACUAUCAGUUAAAGUCAAUAUUGGAAAUUCCAGUCAAAGUCAGACUGUGCCAUCUGUGAAAAAGAGACAACCGCAAAGUCCCUUCAGGAGUGAGGAAGGGAACAGCGUCGUGGCCAUGGAUUAUGGAGUUGAGAGUGUCUCUACCUCGGACUACGAGGAGGACGCUGAACUCAGUGAUGACUUCGACAUCAAUGACGUGGAGUUGAGUUUCUCCGAGUCAGACACAUUUGAAGAAUGUCUCCGAAUUUUCCAAGAGGAAAGCUCGAAAGUGCCAGUCAAGAAGCCGCGCGAACCUCAAAAGUUGAAGGAGAAACAGCUCAAAACUGAAGACCUCCUUCUGUCCACAGGAAAACAAAGAGUUGCUCAUUCGUCAAAAUUUCAAUCAGCGCAGGCAAAAUACCGGAAGUGCACACCCAGGCCCAAAGCAAGGCCCACUCCUCUUCAAGUGUGCCACAAUCGCUACAUGCAGGCGCAGCAACAACUCCGCCAGCAAUGGCAAAACGGUCCGACGCAGCAAGUCAAAGACUCUCCCGCUGGAAGCAAGCCCAGCGGCAGUGCCGGUAAAAGGAUAGCGCACGUCCCCAGCUCCUCCAAACCAUCGAGCCUGCCGAAGUCCCCGGCAUCGUCGUCGCAGCCAGCCAUGGGUGUUAAUGCCCGGAUUCAGCUGAAAUAUUCCAUCGGGCACGGUGCCGGCUCCAACACCGGGAGGAAGACGGUGGCCAUAACGGCGCCGAAGGGGGAGAGAAGAGUAGCCCACUUGCCAAAGAAGGUGAACCCGAGGCCAAUUAUUCCCCCAGACUCUGCCAACAAGGUCCCUUCCAGUGUCCGCCAGCGAUACCUCAACCUCUUCAUUGAUGAAUUCCUCAAAACCACACAAACAGAGCAAGAUGCCUUUGACCAGGGUUUGAAGGAAGAAAAGAGUGUGUACGACAGGGCGACCUCCAGGAACAUCUACCUGAAUCUAUCCAUCAACACGCUGAAGAGACUGCGUAGUGCGCAGGCCCCCGGCCAGUCCAAGCCGGCGUCGCCCGGCAAGGCUAGCAUCUCCCACGAAGCCAUCAUUGGUGGGAAACCCGCCACCCAACACACCUACACACUAAACCGCUCCUUGCACAGCCGCCUUGCCUCACAAGAGGAGAAGUAUGAAGGAGCCUUUUUAUAUAAGAAGCUGAAGCCAUACCUACUUAGUGAGGAAGAGCUAGUUGCCAACAGAUACCCCCGUCCAUCCGACACCCCAGGACACGCAACUGUUAGGGAAGAUGACACCAAGAAAUGCACUUCAGCCGAUCCCAACCAGCGCUUCUGCAGUCGAUGCGGUAAAACGUUCCUGCGUCGUCCAGAUGGACAUUACAUCACCCGAGAGAGUUGCACCUAUCACUGGGGAAAGUUCUGGCACAAGAAAGUUGGUGGAUCCUUCGAAGGUCGCUUUAACUGCUGCUCAGGAACAUCUGAUGCCAAAGGUUGCUGCAUUGCGAAGUAUCACGUGACCGAGGAUAAAACCAGUAACUUAACCGGAUUCAUGAGAACAGUGGCCAAGUCCCCACCAGCAGAUGGCAACGCAGGACUUUACUCCCUAGACUGUGAAAUGUGCUACACUGUCAAAGGUUUGGAGUUAACCAGAGUGACAGUCAUCGAUGAUAAACUGGACUGUGUUUACGACUCCUUGGUGAAACCCAGUAAUGAAAUUGUGGAUUAUAACACCAGAUUCAGCGGCAUUACAGAAGAUGAUCUGAAGUCGGCAACCACUACGCUGCAAGACGUCCAGGCAAUCCUACUUAGCAUGUUCAGUAGUGACACUAUCCUGAUUGGCCACAGCCUGGAGAGCGACAUGCUGGCACUCAAGAUGAUUCACAGCACAAUCAUAGACACGGCAGUGCUGUUUCCGCACAAACGUGGCCUGCCCUUCAAGCGAGCUCUGCGGACGCUGAUGGCCGAGUGCCUGAGCAGAAUCAUCCAGAAUGAUGUCGGUGGGCAUGACAGUAAAGAGGAUGCCAAGAGUUGCAUGGAACUCAUCAUCUGGAAAGCCAAGCAAGACGCAAAGAAAACCUUAUAGUCCAAAGAGACCGCUGCCACAUUGCCAUCACCAUGUCCCUGGAGGAUCAGGAUGAUCAAACUGUAUAUUAUCAAACCUAAUUGUUAUAUGUCCGUCUCGAGUACGGCAUUUUCAAUAGCCCAGAAUGAUCACAUGACCGAGGGACAAAUACGUAUCUCGUGGUUUGUCGCCCUCACCAGUGGAUGUCACAUCAUGAUUGCCCUAUAGACUAGUUCCCACGUCAGAGUCACAACAAUAAUAUUAAAGGACCGCUAACCAGACUAUUGGUACCACUGCUAAUUCCACCAUGCUAAUGAUAAGAGUAAACUCGCCUGGGAGCAGCUGAGGGUCCAAUAAUUAUGUCUCUGAAAUAACCAGUUAACACCUUAGCUGGGCUUGGUAAUUAGUUUGGAAUGUCCCUGUCUCAAUGGAAGUAAGAAAAUACUCUCACCCAUACUGACAUCCUGGUGUGAAUUGUUUCUUGCAUGUAAAGGGCUUAUGUGUAACUUGAAAACACACAUUGUCUAGAUGUGGCUCGUCUCAUUUGCAGUACACUUGAGUGAGAUGACUUAUUUUUGUACCCUUCCUUGUGAAAACUUUACUUGCAAAUGUUAAAAUGAAAUGUGGCCCCAAAUACUCCCUGCACAGCCGGUGUUUAACAAUUCCGCUCAUUUUAUGUAUAAAGUCACCAGUCAGAAUACUCAGACACUCUCCCGAAAUAAAAACUGCCGAGAAAGGAAAUAAUAAACAUUUUUGACUCACCAGUCUAAUAAUCUUCAACCAGUUAUGAUACGCAUUCAAUUGUUCUCUGAAUCUUUUGGUCAGUGUAUGUAACUUUUACGACAAGUGCGCUUUCCUCACACUCGGCAUGGAGCUAUUAUGCGCUCAAUAGGGGAAAGUAGGAUUGCCAAAAUGAUUAGAGAAUUUGGUGACUGUGCGUGAUGGACUUUUAAGUCGAAACUUAUUAAUGACCCACAAAGCUGUCGGGUAUGCACAAAAACCAGUUGCAUCCUUUACGCUCCUGUGCUUGGACAACAAAGAAUCAAUCCAAAAUGUGAUUGGACUGCAUAGAAUUUUCUGUAUCUACAUUUUUCCAACUGAAAAGGUUUAAAAACUUUUGUUAUUCACGGGUUCAUUUGGGGGUGAGGUAUAAAACCUAACCAAAGACUAAAUCGAUCAUUUACUGGUAAGUCCUGCCCAGCGGUGUUUUGACCAGUCACAGUCAUGAUUUAAGCCUGACAUGCGCGUAGGACGCCAAAGGCUGGAACAUGCUUUGUGGCAGUGGGUGGAGCUUACCGGGCAAAUGCAACAAGGUUUCAGCCACCCUUGAAGGUUUGGAAUAAUGCGGGAUAUUUCUAAAAAAUUUAAUAGUAACAUAAUUCGUAAAAGCAACACUCACAGGGUCCACAGAAAUAAGAAGUAAAAAAAAACAAAAACGAAGUUAAUCUGUCCGGAAUUUUGUUGUCUAAUUUAUUAUUUAUGAGCCUUUUGUGUCCAUUUUGUUUUAAAUACAUGUAUGUGGCAAAAAAUAAAUGAAGUUAUACGUUACUAAGAAACGA